UAUCAUUCCAGUGAAAGUCGAAGGACGAGACCGCAGUGUUCUGCGCGGUACGGAACGGAGCGCACGUCGCUUGACAGUUCGCGCGAGUGACAGUUCCAUUUUCAAACUCGAACGCGACAAACGAAACUGAUUUAAGUUACAAAUUAACUUAAAUUCAGCAACGAAGUGGCCUUGCGAUGCCAAUCCGACAGUAACAAGACUAAUCAAACUAAUACGUAGUGUCAGUGUGUGUGUGUUCGUGUAGUGAAGUGAAGUUUUCACCGGAGAUUGCGAGUUGAUGCAGAAUAAGGCAGUUUAAAAUCUCCUAAUGACAUUCCACAGAUAAUCAGUCGGCAUGGAGAGCCGAGUGGGCCUAGACUACAUCGUCGAGCAUGCCGAGUACGCCAGCAAGCUCGCGGCGGCGCUCACGUCGCCCGCCGCGCCUGUUAAGAAGCAGGUGUUCGAGCUGCUGUCUGCCCUGUGUGUGUACAAUGCUGACGGCUACGCCAGGGCGGUUGACACUCUCGACCGAUAUAAGACUUUAAAGAAUGAGCGCUACCGUCUCAGCGUGGUUGUCGAAGAACUGAAAAAUGCCACAACCACUGACUAUAAGACAGCUUUGGUGGCCUUCGUCAACUGCCUCAUCAUCAGCGCUCCUAGAUUGCCGGAGAGGACAAGAGUGCGCAAUGAAUUCAUUGGCUUGGGACUGCUGCCUACACUCAACAACCUGAGGCAUGAAGCGGCCAGCCAUCCAGAUCUGGGAGUACAGCUGGAUGUUUUCGAAGAGCAACGGGAGAGUGACGAGGCUCAAGGCCCUGGAGGCAUCAAUCUCAACUCGCAUCUGGAUGUCUUCUACGCUAUCCUCAAACAGGUGGCUGACACUCCUCAAGAGAUCCCCUUCCUGAGCAUUCUGCAGCAUCUCCUGAAGAUCGAUCCUAAGGAGCCGGUCAGCGACAUAGUGUGGGACACAGCGGAGACGCUAGUUCAUCGUGCUACGUUGCUGGAAACUAGGGAAGAUGCUGCGAAACUCCUCAGAGCACCUAGCGUGCAGGCCAAGAUGAGCUGCACGUGCCAGCACCGAGACGUUUCCAACGCAGGAAGGAAGCAGAGCCUACAGAGAGCGCUGUCGCCGCCGCCGCCUCCACCGGCACCAAUGCCGUUUGCUGCCCCACCACCGCCACCAAUGAUCCCCCCGCCGCCCUGCAUCCCCCCGCCGCCCUGCGGCCCGCCCCCGCCCCCCGCGCCCCCCAACCUGUCCGCCCCGUCCCCUAUACCGCCGGCGCCGGUCAUCGACGUCAAGCUGCCGCAGCAGGAAACGCCGAUACCGAAGACCAAGAUGAAGACGAUCAAUUGGAAUAAGAUACCUAAUAAUAAAGUAAUUGGUCAGAACAAUAUCUGGUCAUUGGUGGCAUCGAGUCACAAACACUCCCCGAAAACAGAGUUGGACUGGGGCGAAAUCGAAGGACUUUUCUGUCAACAGAUUCAGCCCACCGGUUCCGCAGGAUCCUCACCUCGUUUGGGUCGCAGUCCUAUUUGCGACACCUCAGGAGAGCGGAAACCAAGGAAGGAGUCAUCUGAGAUCACUCUUCUGGAUGGAAAGAGGAGUUUGAAUGUGAACAUCUUCUUGAAGCAGUUCCGAAGCUCCAACGAAGACAUAAUCCAGCUAAUCCGCGAAGGAUCCCACGACGAUAUCGGCACGGAGAAGCUGCGGGGCCUGCUCAAGAUCCUGCCCGAGAUUGAUGAGUGCGAGAUGCUGAAAGCGUUCACCGGAGACGUGACUAAGCUUGGGAAUGCUGAGAAGUUCCUGAUGCAACUCAUACAGCUGCCAAACUACAAGCUCCGCAUAGAGUGCAUGCUCUUGAAAGAAGAGUGGGCGUCAACGGCAGGAUAUUUGGAGAGCGCCAUCAACGCGAUAUUAGUGGCUGGAGAUGAUCUAAUGUCUUCAAGAGCUUUGCAGGAGGUGCUAUACAUAACCCUGAUCGCCGGUAACUUCCUCAACGCUGGUGGAUACGCAGGCGGAGCUGCGGGCGUGAAGCUGUCUUCCCUGCAGAAAUUGCCGGACAUCAGGGCCAACAAGCCUGGAAUGAAUCUCAUGCAUUAUGUCGCUCUGCAAGCAGAGCGAAAGAACAAAGAGCUGACCCACUUCGCCGACGACACCCGCGUGCUAGAAGAGGCCGCUAAAGCCAGCGUGGAACAACUCCAUAACGAGAUUAAAACGCUGGACAACCGUGUGGCGGUGCUGAAGAAGGAAAUACAGACGACCAAUCAGCAGGACAUCAGGGAACAGAUGGGAGAUUUCUUGCAGGUUGCAGAGCGUGAGGUUUCAGCUCUAAAGAAGGAUAUGGAAGAAGUGGAAAGCAUUCGGAAACAGCUUGCAGAGUUCUUCUGCGAAGAUCCCGUUUCCUUCAAGCUUGAGGAAUGCUUUAAGAUCUUCGUGACCUUCUGUACCAAGUUCCGAUCAGCAGUGAGUGAAAACGAGCGACGUCGAGCCAAUGAAGAACAAGCGGCUGCCAGAAGACGAGCGAGGGAUGCAGCUGCCUCCAGGAUAAGAACUGGUGGCAGCGUAUGUAGCACUCCGGUGUCGGAGUGUGAGAAUCUCAUGGAAUCCCUGCUCAUAGACAUCCGCAAUGGACUGGGACGACGGUCGUUGAGGAGGCCUCAUGAUCCUUCACCUUCUCCAGACGUGACUCCAACAGGCAGUCUCCGUCGUCGCAGUCGCGCGAGCCCGGGAGAUGAUGAAGAGGGUCUACUGGAGUUCCUACGACAUUCCUCUCCAGCGGCCAAUGACCUAAGAGAGCGCAGUGCUUGGGGCAGUCUUGACCGCUCGUGGUCGCGGCGCGGCGCGGCGCGCGCGCGCCUGGAGCUGCCGGAGCGCGAGCGGCCCGCCUCGCCGCGCGCGCCGCCCGAGCCCGCGCCGCCCGAGGAACCUGCCGCCAAACCCAAGGAAUGGCGCCAAAAAAUCGAAUCAUGGCUGCGCGCGAACAGCCAAGAAGAAAAACGAGACGCCGAGCUGCGCGAGAGAGCGCGGCGAGUGCAAGCGAACCGGCGGUCCUUGGAAAACGACUCCGAGAGCGAACGAAGCACGACCCUCGACCCUCUGCCGGAGGGGCGCGCCGACUGGCGCCCCGCCGUGCUGCCCGACAGCGCCGUCGUCAAAGCCAUCGAGGCUGUUGAAGAUGUCCAACCUCAAACAAAAGACAACAGGGUACCGUGGAGGAAGACGGAAGAAAACGAAGAGAUGCGCCGCCUGAGACGACAGCGGUCCCGACAACAGAUAGAGCUACCACUCGUCUCUAUUACCGAGGAGGAGAAGCGAAAGUUGCCUGACAUCAGGAUCACCAGCCACAAAGACGUGAAGGAUAGAGUCGAGAUCGACUCAGAUAACAUCGAAACACCACCCGUUCAACGAAAGAUGUUCAAUCCUCCUCCAGAACGAGAGCCUUGCAGGAAAUUCCAACCGUCACUCGCUAAAAACAAUGACAAAACGGUUGAGAUGAGAGAUCUAUGUCAAGAGAUUUUAGGCGACGGACAGUUUGAUAGAUUCUCCGCUGCACGAAGAACCAGGAGAUACAAGAGGAACACAGACUCUAGCUCUCCAGAAGACGAAAAGAAGCCUGACAGCCCGACAGAACUGGUAGCGGAAACUCAGGUCAUCAGACCUUCGAAACUAGAUAUUCAAGCCUCAUAUGCUGUAGAGACCCCAGAAGUAGCGAAGCCUGUAGAAAUCAAUAAAGAUGAGAAAGAGAAUAGACUUAAACGUUGGCAGGACAGACUUAAAAACCAAAGUACGGAGAAACCCGCACCAACCAAAGAAACUAAGCAUCCUUACUCGAGGAUGCGGCGACAGACGUCCAUUAAUCAAGAGGAUGUCCAAAAAGCUAUUAGAGAACUGAAGUCACCAACGGAGACUCCUACAGGUGUGUGGUCUAGGAGCGCUUAUAGGAAAUCAAUGACUACUAAGAACGACAAAAUACCGACGGAAAGAACGACAUCCCCAAGGAUCCCCAAAGUCAAGUCAGAGCAUGAAUUAAACGAUGAAGGUUUUGAAGAAACCCAGAGUUUGAACUCUGAAAGCGCUUCCCAAGGUGCAUCAUCAGGGUGCAACGUAGAAUGUGACUCCCCCGUCCCUCUUAAGUCUAAAUCCCCGAUAGCUCCAAAGAAAAUCACAACCAAAGAGUUAAGAACGCCUCCGCGAACACCGAUAGACCCGAAACGAACUGUCCAGAAAAGACAAAGCUCUUUAAGAGUGGAAAGGUCGACUUCUCGUGCAUCUUUGCGUAGUUCAAGGAGUUCUCUAAACAGUUCAGCAUCAGUAGCCACUGUAAAAAGAGCUCCAGCGCCAGUGAAGCCUGCUCCAAAAGUAGUCCCUAAACCAGUGGUCAGAAUGCCGGCAUCGCGAUCUUCAUCAAGCGGUAGCUCGGUGGGAACCUCCAGGCCUCCUUUAAAGUCAGUUAAUAGGACAUCAGGAUUCAUGCGACCCACGCAGGCUUCAAAGGGAAGGGGGAAUGUGACUCCACAACCAACCGCGAGAGCUAGUUUCAAGUAAAUACCAAAUUACAACUAUAGUUGGAUUUUUGGAUUGGAAUUUAUUAUUGUGAGUCUGAACGAUCUAGCAAAGAUGUCUUGUAAGUUUUAGACAAUUUACUCGUCAAUAUUAAUAAAACAAUGACAUCUUAUUAACCCUUUGAACAUUCGUAUUUUGCGGUCAAAGGGUUAAGGUCCUUUAAACUCUUGCGAAAGGAAAAGUAACGUUAGAUAUUCUACUUUGUUCAAUGAACUUUUUAGAAUUUAGCUAGACCGUUGGUAAGAGAGAGCCAGCUAUGUUUUAGUAUUACGUAAUAUCAAUGUAAACGUCAGAUAUAAAAAUAUUAUUGAAAAUUUCAGAUGGCACAGACGAUAUUUCAACAAUCUGAAGCUUUCAAUGACUGAUUACUUUUAAUAUUUAGUUAAUUUUUUAACAGAUCUGUUUAACUUAAUUUAGAUUUGACUUGGGGCCCGUACUCUGAUAAAGGUAUGUCUAUACUUGUGUGCGUUUAUGUUUAAUAAGUUUUUUAAAAAAAUCCUGAAGUUGUAAACUUCGAUAUACAAAUAUUUAAUAAUGUCAUAUACAAGACGAAUUUAUAUUUUUAACGGUAUGGACAUACCUCAAAACCCUUCACUGUUCAGUGUUCCAAUGAAAAAAAUAAACAAAAAACAGUUCCGAGUGAAAAAGUUUAACCUAAUUUGGAACAACUGUACAGUAAAAGGUUAAAAUAUUGUACCGUGAAUAUAGUGCCACGAGAUAGUACGGGUAUUAUUACCAGUUUAUUUUAAAUAGAAACUUAUUUUGUGCCAUUGUUAUUCCGAAUGGCGUAUUUACGUCAUGAAAUGGAUUUUGUAAGUUAUUUAAGAUCGAAAUAUGAAACCGAAGGUGCACAACUGGUGGAUAAAGACGUAAAUUAGGGGGGACUGGGGCACUUUUCUAAUAUUAUAGAGUCAAUAGAUCUAAAAGUGAACUUUACGAGUAACAGUAUUGUCAAAAUCAGUACAGAUGUAUGUAAUAAUAUAAUCCCUAUAUUACGUUACGUUAUUGGGUUAUUAUUAAUUAUUUGUAACUUUAUAAUUUUCCGCAAUCAAAUUAUUUCGCAGGAUUAUCUCCAGUCUCUCCUUUUUAAUAAAAGACUAAGAAAUUAUUUUCUUAGGAGGACCAAUAAAUAAAAUAGAUCUAAAUAAAAAUUAAAUUAUAUUCAUAUCUUAUAUUAGCAUGCAAUAGUAUUUUAUACCGUAUUAGGUUAAAUUUGACAAUCAGUCUGUAAAUCCCAGUUAAGUCACUUAUCUGUAUUAACUACUAAUAAAUGUUACGAAUAAGAUAUAUAUGUAUGAAUAGGUUUCUAUGAAUUUUGAAACAAAGUUAUAAUGAUCUGAUUCCGAAACUGAUAAGAAGUAUACAUGUUAAUAUUGUUAAAAUUGCCAUGACAAUUAUAGACAUAACAGCUAAAGUGUUUACAAUUACUUGUAGUUGCAGAUUUUGUUAUUUGCUAUUGAAAGAAUUAAAAACAUUUGCGAUGUCCGUAAUGGUUAAAAGGUUAAAUAUUUAAUUCUAUGUUUGGAAUUUGUAAAAAAUAUACCUCUAGUUAAAAACUACAAAUUAAUAACUGUAGGUACCCCUAGUGUACAUUUAUUCGAUAGCGUGACGUGACGUACGCGUUUGCGUUAUGUCUCAUUUUGUAUGGGAUUUUGAGUUUCCAAAACGUCCCGCUUGGCGCACUGUUUCUAAAUCGUCACGCUAUCGAAUCAAUUUACACUAAGGGUUCUGAGCAAUGAAAGUGAAAUUAAGAAAUUUUAACUUAAAAAUUGUUAUUACAACAUUUUUGAAAUCCACAAAAGGUUAAAUACUUCUGGUCAGCCAAGUGUACGAGUAUGUAUGUAUUAAUCAAAAAGAUCAAAAUGCAAAGUCACAAAUCUCGAAUUAGUACGCUCUUUAUUAUUAUAAUAAAUUAAGUUUAAGAUUUAACAAACAUGUUUUAUUGUAUGUGUUUAACUAAACAAAAUACAAUAAAUUUUCAUACGAAAUA